CCCGGAGCGCAUUGUGGUGGAGUCAGUAAGGGGAAGUUCAGCCUCGUAAUCACGCAAGUCUGUCACGUUGGCUACUGGCACCGCCGUCCCUUAUCUCGUCAAAUCAGGCAUAGCAGCCAGUACAACCGCGUGCAUGAAUCCUAACAAGUCGUCGCUGGUCCCGCCGCCCCAGUCCUCUAGCGCUCUUUCAUCCUCAGCUACAAGUCCUGUACAUAUUUCCAGGGAUACGUCGCCCUUUACCGACCUGCCCCACCCGGAUGCCUUGGAGCUAGACGACUACAAGAAGCACCCCGACGAAGACGAAGACGACGACGACUUUGCCUGGGACGACAACUACGACCAAGACGAUAGAGGCAUGCCUUCAGACCUACGACACGCUGCGGACAGCAGGUCGCACGCUGCUCCUCUACUUUCACCCGAGAACAAGCAUCGCGACUAUGCUUCCCCUCCUGGCAGUGCUGCUCUACGAGAGCGCCGCUCACGCCUACGAGAACGCGACCCGGAUGUGGCCGCCGCGCAUGCCACAAAGCAAAAAUAUACAUACGCCGCUGCAUUUCUCAUUCUCAGCUUGAUCUCUUUCACCAUCCAGACAGAGACAGCUGUGUACAUUCAACAUUCAUUGCAUUGGAACAAAGCAUACUGCAUGCUAUACUUUACCCACGGUAGCUGGGUCCUGCUAUGGCCUACACAACUAGCCAUCCUGCGCCUGCAGAAGUUAAACAUGCCCUGGGAAUCCUUCUGGCGCAGACACAAGGCCAUUCUACGAAGCACAGCUCAGAUGGUCGAGCACCAGAAAUUGGACAUACCACACCACAUGCAAAAGCAAUCGCCUAUCCCAUAUUUCAUCAAGAUGACCUCCAUGGUCACUUGCGCACUCACUGUCGCUGGCGGCAGUUGGUACGUUGCUGUCGACCUGACCACCGCCUCAGAUUUGACAGCCAUUUACAACUGCUCCGCCUUUUUCGCAUACGCUUUCGCCAUCCCUCUGCUAGGGGAACACUUCAAAUGGAACAAGGUCUUCGCAGUCGGCGUCGCCAUCGUCGGUGUCUUGGUCGUCGCAUACGGAGACGUCAGCCCCAGCAAGCACGGAAGUAAGUCCGGUGGUGGCGCAGGUGGCCCUACAGCCCCAGAACCCGAAGAGGCGUCCAACCGCGCCCUCGGUAACCUUGUUAUCGGUGUCGGCAGUGUUCUGUACGGCUUUUAUGAAGUCUUGUACAAGAAGGUCGCUUGCCCACCUGAAGGCUGCUCUCCUGGUCGCGGCAUGAUCUUCGCCAACACCUUUGGCUCUCUCAUCGGGCUUUUCACCUUGACCGUCCUCUGGAUCCCUAUUCCUAUUCUUCAUUACACUGGCAUCGAGACCUUCGAACUCCCUAGAGGAGAGGCUGCUUGGAUGUUGAUGAUUUCAGUUCUCGCGAACGCCACAUUUUCCGGCUCUUUCCUCGUUCUCAUUUCCCUUACCUCUCCAGUAUUGAGCUCCGUCGCAGCUCUACUGACAAUUUUCCUGGUUGCUGUUGUCGAUCAACUGCUCCCUCCACCACUCAACCAGCCUUUGUCAGGUGCAGCUGUUGCAGGUGGCUUACUCAUCAUUGUUGCAUUCUUGUUGUUAUCAUGGGCCACAUAUAGAGAGAUGAACGAAGAGAGGCGGAAAAAGGAGGCCGAG